CCCCGACCAGACGUCCCCGCCAGAAACAACCGCCAAGAUGCCUCAAGCUCAGCCCGAACUCAAGAAGUACAUGGAAAAGCGGAUAUUCUGCCAACUGAACGGCAACCGCAAAGUUAUCGGCAUCCUGCGAGGCUACGAUGUGUUUAUGAACAUUGUUCUUGACGAGGCGUUUGAGGAGAAGCAGGGUGGAGAGAAGGUUGCUAUCGGCAUGGUGGUCAUCCGCGGUAACUCGGUCGUGAUGCUGGAGGCUCUGGAACGGAUAAGCGACAAAUAAACGGCCAAAGGGGUAGAUUUGGUCUUCGUCGUGGGGGUUUUCUUAAUGCAACAUGGAGUUCACGGGUCAGCUUCUUCUGAAUGGAACGAUCGAAGGCAAUUUCGAUGUCAUCGCUUAUUUGUUUUACGAAAAUUGAAAAUGCACAUGCGCUUUUUAGAGAUAUUAAGGGCUUUGAUUUCUGGACAUCAAUCAUGAACAAUGAGGUUGGCGAAAUGACGAACGCUAGAGAUGGACCCCAAUAUUCCCAGGAGGAUCAUCAGACUAAAAGGUAAGAGAAAGCAACAUCAUGUGUAGAAAU